AUGGGAAAAAAAGAUAAGAAUGUGACAAUGGAUAAAGAUGGUUCUUUUAGUUGUAGUUGCAGGAAGUUUGAAGUGAAGGACAUAUUGUGUCGACAUUGUGUGAAGGUGCUUAGAGAUAUAUUCAAUGCAACGGAACUUCCUCCACAAUAUAUACUCAAACGAUGGACUAAAAAAGCAAGGGCUGACAGUGUGAAAGAUAGACGUGGGUAUGAAGUGAAGGCUGAUGUGAAACUACAUCAAAGCGAUCGAUAUCGAUCAUUAAUGACUAUGUUUAGAGCAAUAGCAAGUAGAGCCACUAAAACUGAAAAAACUUAUCAUUUGUCAGUUUUAAAAGGUGAAGUAUUGAGCGUAAUGGUUGAAGACAAAUUAAGUGUCCACAUUUGUGGUCAAGUGGAGAGUGAUGAAAUAGAUUGUCCAAUUCAAGCUAAGGGACUCAAGAAAAGAGAAUCAACUAGUAAGGGAAGAAGGAGGAUCAAAGGUGGGAUGGAAAAAUCUAUUGCAAAGAAGAAGAGAAUGCAAUCUAGUCAGGGUACUGCUGUUUAUACUUCCCAAGGUCACUCUCAAUCUCGUUUCAUCAUGGGUAGUAAUUCUAUUCAGGAUCAUGGUCAUGGUGCCUAUAUUUGUCAAUCUCAACCUCAAGCUCAAGUUGUCAUGGGUGAUACAUGUGGUCCUCCUCUUAUGUAUGGGAAAUAA